AGAGCUUGGGAGCAACUUCAACUGCGACUCCAACGUCACUCUUCCCUCGUCCUAAGGAUCUAUUCUCUUCAGCUUCGCUUCCAACUCUCCACUCCGCCUACCACUGCACGGCAAGGAUGAAUACUGCAAGACUCUUGAGGCUCCAGCCUCUUCGGGCAGCUGGCAUGCGGCAAGCUGCCUUCCGCCAAUCCGCCCAGAAACAGACUGCCAGACCAUUCCACAACACCCGAACCAUGUUCAGGACCAAGGAGGAUGACCAAAGUGCACACACCAUCACCCAAAGAAUCCGCAUGCUCAAGAGAAUCCCCCCGGAACUGCUCCCUCUCGGCGUUGUCAUUUCCUUCGCCUUGUUCGCUGCCUGCUUUGCGAUGGCAAGGAAGCUCAUGACCGACAGGACACUUCGCUUGCAGAGGUCUUCGCAGAAACAUUGAGAAGGCGAUGGGAGCACCUGGAUUUCGACGGCAGUCAAGUCACGUACGAACGAGGGAGAGUCUCUAUUCUCAAGUCCCAAAUUGCCGAAAAUGGAAUUGCUUCGAAGCAUUGCGGGGAUGUGUAUAUAAACAAAUGCAGCCAGCAAGAAAAUUCACAGUCUGUCCUGUGGCUUGUUGACACCACUCUGAUCCUUUCCUCAGCACACUUUUCCAACCGCCAUACUAGUGCCACAAUAACUCGGCUUCGCCAGCUCGGCCCUCCCCUCUUUCAACGUCCCCUUUCGUUGGGCGGACAGUUGUAAGUCCUUCAUCGGCUCAAACUGAUAGACUAGAUGUCGACAACAGUAACCGGCUUCGUUCCCCAACUUGUGCGGAAACUGACCGUUUCUGCUAACCAUUUGAGUCGGGCGCGUGGAUUGUGGCGGUCCUCGUCAGAGCAAAACUGCUGUUGUUUUGGAGCUUGUCCAAGACGUGGUAGUGUUGAAUUCGUCCGAAUUACAUCCUCGCUCACUCGGGCUUUGGGCCGGCAACAUCAAGCCCUUCUAAUCCAUCCAUGGGAUCUGCAGGCCUGUCGUUCUUUGCGCUUUCUACAGCGGCCUUAUCCUCGUUUGCUGUGCCAUAUUUUGCGAGAUAAUCC